GUUCAGAAAAGUGAUGGAUGUUCUUCUUGUUGAUACAAUGCAUUUACAUUUUGUUCCAGUGUAGUAUUUGUAAAUCAAAACAUUCACCACACAAUUAAUUCUGAUUUAUUUUGUGGUGGUUUUGUGGCUUUUGUUUUGAAAAUGCUAACCGGAACCCUUGCUGUACAUAUUGCUGGUCUUGAGUGACAUGCUUUUGACAGCUAGCAUGGUGGCAGGGAUUAGCUAAUGACUUCAAACUAUUGAGCAGACAUGUUUGUGACAAACUUGGCUCAAAGAUAAAUGUACGGACUCUUUUUUUCACCCUAAUACAUUCCUCGCUGUCCGAGGAUGUUCUCGUCUGUCUGGAAUUUUGUGAAGCGUCACAAAAGGAAAUUUAUUGUAACCGGAGCUGUAGUUGGAGGUGUGUACUUCCUGGGUAAAUAUGCCCAGGCAAAGAUCCGAGAGCUCCAAGAGAAGGAGGCAACCGAGUACAUCGCUCUAGCCAGACGCCAGUUCCACUUUGAGAGCAACCAGAGGACAUGCAACAUGACGGUCGUGUCCAUGUUGCCUCCUCUGAGAGAAGCCAUCAUCAACCAGCUCAACUCUGAAAGUCUCACAUCCAUCCUGAAGACCAGACCAUCCAAUAAAGUGGAGAUCUGGGAAGACUUAAAAAUCAUGAGCUUCACCCGCACCAUCGUGGCCGUGUACAGCACCUGCAUGCUGGUGGUUCUGCUGAGGGUCCAGCUCAACAUCAUCGGAGGUUACCUGUACCUGGACAACUCUGUGGGCAAGCCCCCGCCGUCUCCUCAGGCUCCUGCGGAAGUCCAGCAGCAGUACUUGUCCAGCAUCCAACAUCUCCUUGGAGACGGCUUGACACAGCUGAUUACAGUUGUCAAGAAAGCUGUGCGGAACUCUCUGGAAGGGGUGUCCUUGAAGCAAAGUCUCAGUCUGUUGGAGUUGGAGCAGCAGUUCUGUUGGAUCCGAGCAGAGGUGGAGGCCGCUUCUGAGCGACCGCUGUCCUGGUACAUGAUGGCAGACGACGAAAACGCACUCGCCGACCAGGCGUGCGGUCUGACUGAGAACGACAUCCUUACCAUCCGCCUGUUAAACGAGACCAGAGACAUGUUGGACAGUCCAGACUUCAUCGUUGUUUUAAACGCCUGCCUGCAGCGGGGCUUCUCUCGUCUCCUUGACAACCUGGCCGAGUUCUUCCGCCCGCCCCCCGGUGACUCCGCCUCCAGCUGCGGCCCUGACAGUCUGUCUGCUGUCAGUCUUCCGCUGGCGAAGAUCAUUCCCAUCAUCAACGGUCAGAUCAACACAAUCUGCAGCGAGACGCCAGGUCACUUUGUUCAGGACCUGCUGAUGAACGACCGCGUGAAGGAGUUUGCCGCCAACGUCUACGAGAGCUUCAGCACACCGCAGGAGUUGCAGAAGUAGACGGAAAGAAAACUGUCCUUACUACAAUUCCUGUGCUGUACUCGGACGGGAGCAAAGUGAACCGGGCGGUGUGUUUUUAUUGCCCCCACGCAGAGGCGGGAGGUAAGUGGGACGCUCAGCCGCCAUCGUGUUGACUUUUCCCGGACACCGCUUCCCAACACGGACAAGCAGGAAGACCAAUGAAGCCAGUUAAAACAACUGGAACAAGCACAUGCAUGCGUACGUCACGUACGCGUCCACGUGCACGCGUACAUCACAUCAUCUGAUCCUUAUUAACGAGCACAGACCUCCACAUCAAUCACUUUUUAACAGCGAUAAUAAAGUGAAACAUGUUAAACAGCAGUUGUCAUGUUACCUUUACACUGCUGAUAAUUGUCUAAUCUGGUUUGGAUCUGAAUCAUUCCAGCUCCUCACCUCACCUCACAACAUGUUUUUCUCUAAAUCGGAUCAGAUUUUUUUUUUUUUUUUAUAUAGUGAAAUAUGAUUUUCUAAAAUACAUUAUACAUUAAAUAUAUUUUCUUCAUUUUAAAUUCUUUUACUUGUGGAACAGUACUAGUAAUGAAAAUCCAAAUGUAUGCGUCUCCAAAGUAGAUACAUAUGUAUAAAACAAAACAAACAAGACGCCAUGGUGGAGAUGGAUUUAAACAUGAAGUUCUCCUUGUUGUCCAGCAGGCGUCGCACAUUCACCGGCCUAACCCGUCCUCCUCCUCAUGACGCUUGAAAGUAGAAAAGAAAUCCCCACAAGUCCUAUUAAUCAAUUAGAUGAGUCAAAUCUCACUUUAUCUCCUUUGACUUUUUAUCUCAAACAUUCCCCGAGACGGUUUCUGCUGACGUCAUCUAGUCCGGCUCUCGUUCUAAUUGUGUCAGCUGACUGGGAAAGUUGCAGAGGUCCAUCAUGUUCCAUGUGUGGCCUAAUAAAACACCUUUUGGUGGUUCUCUUUUACUUCCUUUGGGUCUCAAAUAUUCGAUAAUAAGAAUGUGUGGCUGCGCUCUGCCAUCGGGGGGCGCUGCUGUGUCAAUAGAUUGUAUGUGUGGCGACGCAUGGCGAAAAUGCUGACUCAGGGUGACGUCACAAGCAGACGCUUGUUCUUCUAUCCAUGUGACAAAAUGGAAAUAUGUUAUAUGCCCUAAUUAAAGUCAGUCAUUGUGUGGAAAUCUUUUUUUUUUUUACUUGAUGGAAAAUACAACCCCUGCACCUUAUUUCCACACAAUUUGAGCUUUACAUGACGUCAUCAUGUCUUUACAUGACGUCAUCAAUUAAACGCUCAGCACGGGCACGUGGUCGUCUGUCAGUCACCUCAUCAAAUAUUCCAUUUGACACUUUUUCCAUUCAGGAAAUGUUUUCUUCCCAACACGUGCCAGUCAUGAUGACAUGGCGGCCAUGUUGCCAGAAGGCGCGGGUUUAAAUGAUAUAGGUCCUGCUAACACUGCUAGCAUUAGCGUCUUAGAAAAUUGAUGGACGGUUGGCACAUUAGGUCACGGAAAACAUUUUAAUGUUAGGAGAAUUAAGUUGAAAUAAUAUGGGAAUAAUGUCUGAAUAUUAUUCUAUUAAUAUAUUAUAAUAUAUGUAUAUUAUUUGCAGUUGAAUUAGCUAAUUUUCUUCUUAGCCUAGAAUAAUUUGCCAGCAGGUGCCAUGUUGAACUUCCAGCGACUAGGAUGACGAUGUAUGACACUUCAUCCCCAUUCCCAGGGUGGGAAAUCCUCUUUGGGGCCCAAAUCUGGCCCAUUUUCACUUUGGGGUGUCCUCGCUCUUGUUAGCCUUGAAUGGUUGUGUGUUGGGGCAUUUAGAAGGGAGGGUGAAUUUACUCUGGGGGUGAUUCAAGCUGUGUCUACUCUACAUUGUAGCAACGUUGGCGUUCUUGCUCUGGUUCCAUGAAACUACACAGUCUCAUCCAAUAUUUGUGGCAAUGUGAAGUACUGCAUAUGUCCACACCUUUUAGACCAGGGGUCUCAAACUCAAUUUACCUGGGGGCCACUGGAGCUAGGGUCUGGGCAAGGCUCGGCUGCAUCAGGUUUUCCUAAAAAAAAAAAAAAACGUAUUUAUUAA